AUGAAGAGAAAUACAUUAAGGAAGAAGGCUCCUGCAGAUGCUCUUGGCAUCCGACCAUGGGCUUUGGACAGUGAUGCGCCGCAGUUGAAUUUACCUCGUGUCGAGACUCGAUUGGAAAUACAUCAGACGAAUGGAUUGUUUGACUCGAUGGCGACAGAUCGGCGUGUAGUUUCGAAUCCGGCGAAUCCGCCUGAAGAUGGUGUCAACGGCGCAAACGGCGCCAGGGGAAUCGUGUCAAAAAGCUCGAAUAAUGAUCUCUCCUCGGAAUGGACGUCGGCGGUCGGUCAUGCGAGUACAGGAAAAUCGGGGAGGGUGAUUCACAAUUUACAAGAAGAGAUCGCUCGCUUAACGAGAGAGCUGAGUCUCUACCGAUCGCGGGCAGAAGAGGCACAACACAUCAACGAAACACUAAAAGAGCAGAUAAUCAAUAUCAGCGAGCGAUUACGAAACUCAGAACAAUCCAACGAAACAAACCUUGCUUCCAUUGCACGAAAAGAUCGAAAGAUAGAAGACCUGCGUGCUGAAGUCCAAAACGAAAAAUCGAGAAGGCUCAGAGCAGAGGCAGAGACGGCCAAAGUCAACCAACUCAUGUCUGAAGAACAAGACGAAUUUCAUCGCAAAUGUGCCGAGCUGCAAGAAAUGUCAAAUUAUAGUACUUCUCAGUACGAUGUAUUAUCCAAGACAUCACUGAGGGAAAGAUCUGAUAUGCAGAGAAAAUUCAAAGGAAUACGAGAUGAACUUGCGUCGCUUCGAGACCAAGCAGAGCUCAAGGACAGAGAGCAGGAACGACUGGAUGCGUUGAUAAAUCGACAGAAUCAAGAACUGGAGACGGAGAGGCGUCGGAUACAGGAGAUUUUCACUGCAUAUGACACUUAUAAGACUGCACGGGAUCGCGAGUUUGAAGAUUUGCUGACGAAGGGACGCCAAAAUCAGGCCAAUGUGGACGCAGCGGUUGCGUCGCUCAAGGAGACCGAGGAUAAAAUGAAGUGGGUUAUGCACGUCAAGAAGGAUAUUGAGUGGGCUGAAUAG